CUUUCAAAUGCGUCAUGUCACAAAUGGAACUUCCGUGGCCAAGUUGGACAGGCUUAAUGUGAAUUUAGACACCAACCGCGAGCGGGUCGCACCGGAAGUGGCGUCAUGCACCCGGAUGAUGACCGGCCUUCGGACACGUGUAUUCAGUUGAGCUCGACUCUGCCUUCUCUGAAGAUUCUCGGCAUCAUUCUCUCAAAAUAGCUAGCUCGCCGCUGUCCAAAAGACGCCUUUGUUAGCCGAACAUCGUUAAAUAAGUGUGAAAAUGUCUGCAAGGACCACGGCAAGGUACGUGGAGGAAAAGGUCCGUACUCGUCGACGACUGGAAGAUCAGCCUUAUGUUGUGUUACGCAGAGCUGACGUCAGUGAAGCUAUUCGUCCUAAGCAGCAGGAGCCAGAGCUCACUCGCAUUAAAGAGGAGGAAGUUGUGGGCAAAGAGGUCCACCACUUAAAUGAACAAAUGGAGCAGACCUUUCUUUGCACCAUAAAGGAGGAGGAAGAGCUGGAGCGACCUUGUAUCAAAGAGGAGGGAGAAGACUCUUGUGACAUUAAAAAGGAGGAGGAGGAGAUGCCAUUGACUGGUGUUCCUGUGAAGAGUUUUGAUGAGGUGAGCAAAGGGGCGGAGUCUUCAAGCUGCAGCUCAAGUCAACAAAUGACCCGAGAAGGUGAUGGAGACCGCUGCGGAGGAUCACAAGCAGCUCCACCAUCAGAUAGUGAUGAUGUGUCGUCACAUGCUCCUGCUGAUGAGGCUAAAAAAAAACACAGGCAAUGUUCUCAGUGUGGGAAACAUUGUGCUAAUAACAGUGUUUUGAAACAACACAUGAGAAUGCACACAAGAAAGAAAAACCUUUCCUGCUCAGUUUGUGGUCAAACAUUCUCUCAGAGGUCAUUUUUGAAACGUCAUACAAGAACCCACACUGGUGAGAAACCUUUUUCAUGCUCAGUUUGUGGCCAAAGAUUCUCUGUGAAGGGAAACUUAAAAACGCACACAAGAACCCACACUGGCGAGAAACCUUUUUCAUGCUCAGUUUGUGGCCAAAGAUUCUCUGAGAAGACAACUUUAACAAGUCAUACAAGAAUCCACACUGGCGAGAAACCUUUUUCAUGCUCAGUUUGUGGCCAGAAAUUCACUCAGAAGGCAACUUUAACAAGUCAUACAAGAAUCCACACUGGCGAGAAACCUUUUUCUUGCUCAGUUUGUGGCCAAAGAUUCUCUGAGAAGGCAACUUUAACAAGUCAUACAAGAAUCCACACUGGCGAGAAACCUUUUUCAUGCUCAGUUUGUGGCCAGACAUUCACUCAGAAGGGACCUUUAAAAAGCCAUGGAAAAAUCCACACUGGCGAGAAACCUUUUUCUUGCUCAGUUUGUGGCCAAAGAUUCUCUGAGAAGGCAACUUUAACAAGUCAUACAAGAAUCCACACUGGCGAGAAACCUUUUUCAUGCUCAGUUUGUGGCCAAAAAUUCACUCAGAAGGGACCUUUAAAAAGCCAUGGAAGAAUCCACACUGGCGAGAAACCUUUUUCUUGCUCAGUUUGUGGCCAACGAUUCUCUGAGAAGGCAACUUUAACAAGUCAUACAAGAAUCCACACUGGUGAGAAACCUUUUUCAUGCUCAGUUUGUGGCCAAAGGUUUAGUCAUAGAGGACCUCUAACACUUCAUUCAAGAACCCACACUGGUGAGAAACCUUUUUCAUGCUUGGUUUGUGGCCAAAUAUUCAGUCGGAAGGCAACUUUAACAAGUCAUACAAGAAUCCACACUGGCGAGAAACCUUUUUCAUGCUCAGUUUGUGGCCAAAGAUUCUCGAGGCAGGAACACUUAACAACACACACAAGGACCCACACUGGUGAGAAA